GCAUAACGCCAGAGCAGCUUUGACGAGGAGGAGCUAAGAAGCGGUGGUGUUCCCGGAGCUACAGCCCGCAGGAGGAAAGCGAACAGCCUCUUUCACCCGAGUGAACACCGCUCUUGCUCAAGUCCUCAGGAUUCCUCAACUCAAUGCGACUCACUGCUUCUCCGCACGAAUUGUCGGCUCUGUUCUCCGAAGUCAUUGGCUGUUUGGAAGCGAACCGAGCUCGGAGCACUUUCUGACAGGUGUUGUGGUUAUACCCAGGACUCAGAGGAGACUCGGAACUGAAAUCAUGUCCAGCGGGAAAGAUGCACCUGUUAGCGCAAACUCCACACAGACGUCCUUAAAGGCAUGUCUUGAAGAGUGUAUGGAGGCCUUGGAUCUGUUCCUCAACAACCACUUCAGCGAGAGUCUAGACAAACUGCAGCCAAGAUGUAAAGAGAGUAUGUAUCAUGCUCUGAUCUACGCUACAGUAUUAGAGAUGCAAGCUAUGAUGACCUUCCAACAUGAUGACAUUGUCAACGCAGGAAACACAAUGAAGAGUGCUCAAGAAGUUUGCCAGAGGUUUCGUAAGAGGUCUGGCAGUCUGGCAGCCAGAGCAGCAGGAGAUGUGCUGUCUGAAGAGGAGCUCCAUGCUGAGGCGUGUUAUGCCGAAUGCUUGCUGCAAAGAGCUGCUCUCACAUUUUUACAGGAUGAGAACAUGGUGAGUUUCAUUAAAGGAGGAAUCAAAGUACGCAAUAGCUACCUCAUAUACAAGGAGCUCCACUCCUUUAUUGAGUCACAUAGCUCCUUCAAAGGGCCAAAUCACAAGCACCUGGAGGGAGGGGUGGCAUUUGGAAUCGGUGCGUUCAACUUGACACUUUCCUUGUUCCCUGCGCGGAUUCUCAAGGUUUUGGAGUUUGCUGGAUUUUCUGGGGAUAAGGAAUAUGGGCUUUCCAAGCUGUAUGAAGGGGCCACCUCCCAUAACCUGCGUUCAAUGCUGUGUGCCCUGCUGCUGCUCUGCUACUACACCUUCCUCUCAUUUAUUUUAGGGACAGGCGAGGGAGAUGUGGCUGAUGCUGAGAAGCUGCUAAAGCCAUUUCGGCUACGAUAUCCACAUGGGGCGAUUUUUCUUUUCUUUGCGGGCAGAGUGGAGGAAAUAAAAGGCAACAUUGAUGAGGCAGUAUUGCUGUUUGAGGAUGGUUGCAAAGCACAGCAGGCCUGGAAGCAGUUUCACCACAUGUGCUACUGGGAACUGAUGUGGUGCUUCACUUACAAGAGGCACUGGAAGAUGGCCUACUUUUACGCCGACCUGCUCAGCCAGGAAAGCCGCUGGUCCAAGGCUAUGUAUGUGUACAUGAAGGCUGCUUGUCUCAGUAUGCUGCCAGAAGGGGCAGCUCGGCCAUUUGGCGAGAACGAGAUUGAGCUCUUCAGGCAGGUCCCAUCCUUCAAACAGAAGAUAGCAGGGAAGUCUCCUCCUACAGAAAAGUUUGCAAUCCGCAAAGCCCGACGCUACAGAGCCAGCACCCCCAUACCGCUCCGAGUUCCUGUGCUUGAGAUGAUGUACAUGUGGAAUGGCUUCUCCAUGAUAAGCAAGCAGCCGGAACUCACAGCGGGCAUACUGGAAACUCUGCUGGAGGCAGAGCAAACCCUGCAGGCUGCUCCCGAGAAUGACUACACUGUGGAUGACAGCUGCCUGAUUUUGUUGCUGAAGGGACUGUGUCUGAAGAACCAAAACCGACUGCACGCUGCUGAAGAUUGUUUUAACAAAGUUUACAGCAGUGAGAAGAAGCUGAAGUAUGACCACUACCUGAUUCCUAACACCCUGCUGGAGCUGGGCCUGCUCUACACUGAUACAGGAAGGAGGGAUCAAGCCAUCAGACUCCUGCAGAAAGCCAAAAAUAACUACAAAGAAUACUCAAUGGAGUCCCGCACUCAGUUCAGGAUCCACGCGGCUCUGUCUAAACUGAAGGCCGACAUGAGUGACCAGGACGAGAUCACAGCCCUGUAACUACUACAGGCUGAAAUGGCAUGAUGAGGACUGACUCUUUUAGUGAACUACGAUACCAAAGAGACACGGUCAUCCUCACUCUCUAAUUCCAUCCAGUGGAAGGUUAAAUAUAAAGGACCCAAGUCACAGAGUCUUGUGGACAUCUUAGGGACACUUAAAACACUUAAUUUGUAGCCAAUUUACAUGAUAUGUGUAUUUGAGGAUAAAUAGCUUGGAUAUAAGUAAUAGACAGUUUAUUUGUGGGUGAGAUUUCCAAAUAUUUCCACAUGAAAAGAGUAUUAUAUAGUAAUAAAGCUACCUUGAGCUACAGCAGCACUUUUGGGAAGGAAAUAUUUCUCAGGAUUUCCCCAUUCUUUUUGAUUUGUUGAAGAUGAUUAGGUAUGCCAUCUGUGGUACACUAUGAAAGCAUUGAAAGGUGGAGUUUUUCUCUAGGAAAUGAGAUGAUGCAGUUAUUCUUCAGUUACAAAAAUACAAUGUACAAUCUUCCAAGUUAAAGAUAUACUAAUUAAAGGAUCACAGCUAAAUAUAGAGUAUGACUGUUCUCGACUAAAAGGUGAUCAGUAUAUUCCAGGAAGGACUAAAUUUGGUCUGAAAGUCAAAGUUACACAGCUAAUUUUUUUUUAUGGAUUUCUAUGUAAAAGCCAAGAUGCAGUGGCUACACAUUUCUAAGAUGGGUCUUCUCAGAGUUUAAGCUGAAAGUAUAUUUUGUAAAACUGCCAGUUGUUGCACCAACAUUUUGUGGAGCCACUUUUUGAAAGCAGCAUAAGCUUCACAAAAUAAAUAUAUUAUAAAGUCCAAGACUUGCUUUUUAUAUCAUCAGUUAUCAAAAAUUAAUAUACAUUUGGUUAAGAUCUGUAUCCUAGACAUUAUAUUUAAAUACCCAGUCCACACACUUUUUUGCAUAUGCAGUUCAUUUCAGUACUGACGUUUGAACUGAAAAUGGCCACCUACUAACAAUGAACACCUGAUAAUUUAAUUUGUACACUUAAUCUGUACCACUUAAUUUGUAUGGGUCUCUGUUUUAUGCAUUAUAAUCACUAUAAUGCUUUUUCAGUGAUGCAUUUUGACUUCCAUUCAAUUAACAUAUAUGAAAAACUUGACAAACUUUUCAUAACUGAUGAGAUAAAAAUACAUGCUGUCCCAGAAGUCUCCAUACAUGGGGGUCUGUGUGUGCCUUCAUCAGUGGAUGUCAGUGGACGUCCACUUCUCGUUUGGUCUGCAACACUUCCAGUCAUUUUGAAUUUGUUAAUAAGUUUGGAAAACAGUAUCAUGUGUGCCAUGUUUCCUGGUCAAGUCCAUCACAACCUUGUGACAGUUUCCUGCUCCAGCCAUGAGAAUAAUUUCAAUACGUUCUUCAUCUGUCAAUGGCAUUUUUAAAGCCUAUCUGAAAAAACUAUACAAGUAUAAAAAUGUUAAUUUAUCUUAUGUUUGGAGACUUUUGGGACAGUGUAGUUUUUGUGGCUGUGGGAAUGGUUGUAUGUCAGUCUAAAACUGUGCACCACCAUCUGCCAUGUACUCAAUAUUCUAAUUAUGGAAUGUGAUAAUACUCAAACUAACAAAGUUAGUCUUCACACUUGUGUAUUUUUUGUCAUAUCAUAAAUUUAUUAGUUUUUUCUUUAAUAUGGCAUUGAUUAAAAAAUAAAUCUUAGCAAUUUGGGGUACUCAGUAAAUCAUAUCCGAAGGCAGUUAUAUUAUGGCUGGACUUCCAUUGGUCAUUUUUAUGCCUUUUGUUUUUUAUGGACUGUAGCUGUUGUCUGUUUAAAUGUUUACAGCCAUUACUUAGUCAUUAUGUAAAUACACUAGUUUCAGUCACUGGGACACUGGCUGAAUCAUACAUAAUGUGGCUUGAACAUGGGUUUAAUAUGAUUUGCGUUUUCUGAAGUAAAAAUACACAGUGAUCGAAAGCUGCUGAAAGUGAUUGAGGGAUAAAAGAAAGAAGAAUAACUAAGACAAGGAAAAAGACUUGUAUAAAGGGAUUUAGGAAAGGACGAAAUGAGAAAAGAUAGAAAGUGACAUUGAGAGAAAGUGAGUAAGAGGAACAAUAAAAAAAACAAAGGAAAAAGCUAAAGAGAAGGAAAAGGACAGUGGGAGAAAGAAAGAAAGGAAAAAAGACAGAAAUCAUUAGAGGAAAAGCAUUAUAAUGUGAGAGAGACAAAAGAAAGGAGGAUGAGAAAGUAUGAAUGAGUAGUAAGUGAGGGAGAAGAUGGGCAUACACUGUGCACUGUGUGUGAGUUUAAAACAGAGCUGUGAUUGGUCAGCUGUAAAGACCCAGAUGGCACAAUUUAAUCUGGAUUAUUCCAUCAAUGUAUUACAGUGG